GAUGGGAGAGCUUAGGUCCAUCUAAGGACAGCAUCGACAAUUCAACAAGUCCAGGGUGAACCGUCUCGCACGCUUUGAAAGACUGACGGGCUGCGCAGUUUACCUGAGCUUGUUGUUUGCCGAGGGCCAUUGCCAAGGAGGGAGGUUGGGAGCUUGAAUGCUAAAGCCUUGAAGAACCCUCAAAGCUCGAGGAACUGCAUACCGCCCGUGGGCGCUGGCGCAAGGCCAAUUUGUCCCGAACUGCUCAACGCCUCGGCACCUUGACGAUACCUUAGCCCGUCCGCGGGGUGCGACUCACACAGACCGAAUUCGGCUCGCUCGAGCAUCGAACACUCCAGCUGCAACCACAAUAUGAGUCGAGAUGCGCAGCCAGCCGCGCCCAUGGACUCCCGUCCCUCGGUCCCAACCACCCCGGAGACGCCCAUGCCUGCUCGGCGCAACCUCGUGCUCUCGUCGCGUAUGCAGUACCGGAGCCGCCCCGUGUCGGUAGCCGUCGACCCGGUGUCCCUCGUGAUCUCCGAGUGCAUAGCCAUCACCUCGGCCAUCCAGAAACAUGCCCGCUCCCCGCACUCGUCCGUCUCGGCCAUCCUCGGCGGCACCCCCAACCUCGUCCAGCUGGUGCCCCCGAGCCCCGGCGCCCGCCGCGGCAGCCGCAAGUCCGCUUCCGAUGCACAGACAGACGGCGCCGGAGACCUCGCGACCAACAGGUGGGGCCUGCGCGGGAAGAAGGGCAAGAGCAUGCAGGACAAUCCGUUGAUCUCGGGCUUUGGGAGGCUGCGGCAGGAACUCGCGGGCGUUAAAGACAUCCACAGGUUCGACUCCCUCGUGCUGCUCUACCCCUUCCUCCAGAUCAUCCAAGCGAAAGGAACCGCCGCGCCCGUCACAAUCCUCGCACUGCGGGCAAUCCAGAAAUUCCUGGCCUACGGCUUCGUCGCGCCCGUCUCCCCCCGCUUCGCCCUCGCCAUGCAAUCCCUCUCGACAGCCAUCACCCACUGCCAAUUCGACAUUAGCGACUCGGCGCAGGAGGAGGUGGUCUUGCUGAUGAUCCUGCACUUGAUGGAGGACAUGCUAUCCGGGCCCGGCGGGGACAUUCUGAGCGACGAGAGUAUCUGCGACAUGAUGGGCCGCGGCCUGACCAUAUGCUCGCGGCCGAGGUUCUCGGAGGUGCUGCGCCGGACGGCCGAGGCCUCCAUGGUGCGGAUGGUGCAGAUUAUCUUCGAGGAUCUGAAGCACCUCGAGGAGGAAGCAGGCGACGAGAGCGAGGCAUUGGACCGCCAGACCAGUGGGGACAUGGACUCUGUCAGCAUGGGCCCUGCCGCCCAGGGGAUGGACAAUCCGGGGACGGCGGCGGAGACGCCUGAGGCCGCUGAGGCAGGCGAGGCGGCCAAGGCGCCUGCCGAGCCGCGACCGUCAUCGAGUUCUGAAAAGGCCGGCAGCAAUUCGGAGACGUCGAGGAGCCCAAGCGCCGAAGUUGGUCGGCCCAGCACCAGUUCAACGUCAGCGGCUGACAGCGCUGACUCGGUGGAUCUCCGCCCUUACUCCCUGCCGUCCAUCCGGGAGCUGUUCCGGGUGCUCGUGAGUUUCUUGGACCCUCAUGACCGCAGACACCCCGACCAGAUGAGAGUUAUGGCCCUGCGCAUUAUCCACGUGGCGCUCGAGGUCGCGGGCCCAUCAAUCGCCCGGCAUCCUGCCCUGGCAUCGAUUGCCGAGGACCAGCUCUGCUGCUACCUCUUCCAGCUUGUGCGGUCCGACAACAUGGCCGUUCUUCAAGAGGCCCUGAUAGUGGCUAGCACGCUGCUGUCGACUUGCAGGGGCGUGCUCAAGCUGCAACAGGAGUUGUAUCUGUCCUAUCUUGUGGCCUGCCUACACCCAGCCGUAGAAAUCCCAAGGGAACCUGGCAUCGACCCCAGCCUCUACUCCGGCAUCCCACAAUCGCCGAAGUUGGUGAGGCCCCCGCCUUCUCAAGCCGGCAGCGGCCGGUCUACGCCUGUGGCUGUCAAGGACCGCCAAAAACUUGGCUUGGAGGGCGGUGCUCGCAAGCCGGAUGCGAGACAGGCCAUGGUGGAGAACAUUGGUGUCCUCGCUCGGAUGCCGACGUUCAUGGUUGAGCUGUUUGUCAACUACGACUGCGACGAAGACCGGGCAGAUCUCUGCGAAGACUUGGUCGGACUCUUGUCCAGGAACGCGCUGCCCGAUUCCGCAACCUGGAGCACGACAAGCGUUCCGCCACUCUGCCUCGACGCGCUGCUGCGAUUUAUACAGUUCAUUGCCGAACGGCUGGACCAGACCCCGGAGACCGAUGGAUAUCCCGAUCCGGAGCUGCUGAGGGAAAGACGGCGCAGGAAAAAGCUUAUCAUCAAAGGCACGAGCAUGUUCAACGAGAACCCCAAAGGCGGUCUCGCCUACCUGCAAGAAAAGGGGGUGAUUGAAAAUGCCGCCGAUCCGCUCUGCGUCGCCAGAUUCUUGAAGGGGACGUCGAGGAUAAACAAGAGGAUCUUGGGCGAGUUCCUGUCGAAGAAGGGCAACGAGGCGAUCUUGGAUGCCUUCAUCGGUCAGUUCGAUUUCACGGGCAAGCGGGUAGACGAAGCGCUCCGGGUACUUCUCGAGACAUUCCGUCUACCCGGUGAGUCUCCGUUGAUCGAGCGCAUCGUCACGUCGUUCGCCGAAAAAUACUGCUCGAGCUCGGUUCCCCAGGGGGUGGCGAACAAGGACGCGGUCUUCAUCCUCACAUACGCCAUCAUCAUGCUCAAUACGGACCAGCAUAAUCCGCAGGUCAAGAACCAGGCGCGCAUGAAGUUCGAGGACUUCUCGCGCAACCUCCGCGGGCAGAACGGCGGCGAGGACUUCCCGCCCGAGUACCUGCAAGACAUCUUCGACGCCAUCAGGACGAACGAGAUCAUCCUCCCCGACGAGCACGACAACAAGCACGCGUUUGACUACGCUUGGAAGGAGCUCCUCCUCAAGACCGAGACGGCGGGCCCGCUGGUGCUCUGCGACACCAACAUCUACGACGCCGACAUGUUCGCGACCACGUGGAACCCCAUCGUCUCGUGCCUCUUCUUCGUCUUCAUGUCGGCCACCGACGACACGGUCUACGCGCGCGUCAUCACGGGCUUCGACGAGUGCGCGCGCAUCGCGACCAAGUACGGCAACUCGGAGGCCCUGGACGAGAUCAUCUACCGGCUGAGCUACAUCUCGACGCUCGGCAGCGAGGCGCUCUCCAACACGUCGCUCAACACCGAGGUCCAGGUCGGCGACAACAGCGUCAUGGUCAGCGAGCUCGCCGUCAGGUUCGGCCGCGACGUCCGCCUGCAGCUGGCCACCCUGGUGCUGUUCCGUGUCGUCACCGGCUCGGAGCAUGUCAUUCGGAAGAGCUGGAAGCAUGUGAUUCGCAUAUGGCUCAACCUCUUCGUCAACUCCCUGAUACCUUCGUUCUUCUCCACCGAGGCCGACAAGCUCGCUCUGCCGCCAAUCCCCUUGCAGCCACCAUCGCAAGUGAUCGACCGUGGUGCGAAACAGAGCGAGUCCGGCUUCUUCUCGGCGUUCACGUCGUACAUCUCGAGCUAUGCGGCCGACGACCCGCCUGAGCCGUCGGACGAGGAGCUGGAGAGCACUCUGUGUACUGUGGACUGCGUGAACCAGUGCCAUAUGGGCGAUGUGUUUGCCAACAUUGCAAAUCUUCCAAGCCACAGCCUCGAGGCCUUGGUCGACGCGCUGUUAGACCAGAUCCCUGAGGACAACGGAUCGACUGUGAUUACGGUCAAGGCGGAGAACAUUCCCCCGUCCCAAGCCAACGGGCAGAAGACGCGACAGACCAGCGCGGUGUAUGACCCGGCUUUGGUCUACAUCCUCGAGUUCUGCACUGUGCUUGCGCUGCGCGACGACAGCACCGUCGAGCUGCUGGGCAAGCGCGUGGUGGAGGCCCUCCAGGCCAUCCUCCGUGAUGUAGCUCGGUACCACCCGAUUCUCAUUGAGCGGGCGACCUUCUACCUGUUUCAUUUGCUGCAGGCAAGCUACGAUCACGACUACGUCCGCGUGCCCAUCCUCCUCCACACCAUAUCCAGCUUCCCCAACGACACGCUGCUCAAGGCGUCCGGCCUCGUGUUGCGCGGCCUCAAGCUCUGCACCGAGAAGCCCUGCCCGCUGCGGAACGAGAUCAUGACGUCGCCCGACUUCUGGGUCAUUCUGCAGACGCUGGCCGCCAACCCUGACUCGGCGCCGGCCGUGUUUGAGAUCCUGGACAACGGCGUUUCGGGUACGCCGUCGGCCAUCAUGGCGGACAAUUACGAGGCGGCCCUGGCGCUGCUGAACGAGUUUGCGUCGAUGGCGAGCGUGGGCGCCGUGGCGGAGCAACAGAACGAUCGGAAGCAGGGCCGCAAGGGGGCCCGGCCGGUGAAGCAGGAGAAGCCGAGUGAAAACGCCGUCGUCGAACGCGGCGUGAAGGCGCUCAACAGCAUCUACCGCAUGACGGCGCGCAUUCCACAUCUUAUGAAGCAAUCCCACCUGGAGAGCCGUGAAGCCUGGUCGGCCUACUGGCUGCCCGUCUUCCAGGCGCUCACGACGCAGUGCACCAACCCGUGCCGCGAGAUCCGGCACCUGGCCUUCACCUCGCUGCAGCGGUCGCUGCUCUCGCCGGAACUGACCACGACGUCGUCGUCGUCCUCAUCGUCAUCGUCCUCGCACGAGCAGGACCACCAGGAGUGGACGGCCAUCUUCGGCGAGGUGCUCUUCCCGCUGAUCCUGCGGCUGCUCAAGCCCGAGGUCUUCUCGUCGGACCGCGACGGCAUGAGCGAGACGCGCGUGCAGGCCGCCUCGCUGCUGUGCAAGGUGUUCCUGCAGUACCUGGUCGCGCUGUCCGCGUGGGACGGCAUGCUGGACCUGUGGCUGAAGAUCAUUGAGAUCAUGGACCGGCUGAUGAAUAGUGGGCAGGGGGAUAGCUUGGAGGAGGCGGUGCCGGAGAACCUGAAGAACGUGCUCCUCAUCAUGUCGAGCAGCGGAUACCUCGUGCCGCCGAGCCAGAACCCGGCGCGCGAGGAGCUGUGGAACGAAACGUGGAAGCGGAUCGACCGCUUCCUGCCGAACUUGAGGGCCGAUCUGGCGCUGGACGUGCCGGUCACGGCCAAUGCGGAGGAGCAGCCGCCCGCGGCUGCUGAACCGCCGCCGCCGGCGGUGGCGGCGGCGGAGGGGGAGACGGCGAAGACCAAGGAAGGAGCGUGAGCAGCCUCCUCCUUUUCUGCCACCCCUCUUUUUGGGUUGGGGUGGGUUGUGGAGCGAUACCAUGAGAGCGUGUCAUUGGGUUGUUUUGCUGUUGGGGGGCUCACAUACAUAGGCAGCUGAUUGCUGCUACGUGCAAAAUGCAGGAUGUAUUCUUGUAACGGAAGGAAAGA